AUGGCGGCGGGCCGGGCCCAACAGGGCUUGCCGUUGCUAAGCGACGCGGCCUGGCCGCGGCCUGGGGGUGCAAGAGCGACCUGUUGCUGUUGCCAGGGUUCCCAGAGGCCUCUCUUUCUGUCCGGAAAAGUAAUUAGAGUGACGGGUUUCAUGAAAGGACUUUAUACGGAUUUUGAAUUGAAAUCAGAGAACGUUAAGGAUAAAGAUGCCAAAAUCAGCUUUCUUCAGAAGGCAAUUGAUGCUGUUGUACUGGUAACAGGAGAGCCACUGUCAGUAAAACCAGCACGUGUUGUAGCUGGACAUGAACCUGAAAAAACCAAUGAAUUACUUCAAGCAAUUGGGAAGUGUUGCUUAAAUAAGCUGUCUAGUGAUGAUGCUGUAAAAAAGAUCUUAGCUGGGGAAAGAGCUGAUGCUAAAGGAAAGCCUCCCUUGUCUAAAUCUCGAGAUAAAGAAAACAGAGCAUCCAGAGCAGAAGAACAAAAAAGCCAUAGAGACAAAGAGGGGAAAGGGGACUCUGAAAUUAGAGACAGAAGCUUGAGCAGAGACAGAAAACCGAAAGAAGAUUUGAAAGAAGAGAGCAAAGAAAGAGAAAAGGAAAGUGAUAAACAUAAGCAUAAUGAGGACAGGCACAAAGACCUUGAAAGAGGCAACAUUAAGGAAGGGGAAAAACAGGAAAGGGAAAGAAACAAAAGCAGAACAACUAAGGAAGGAAGAGAAACAGAAGAAGACAAAGAAAAGGGAGAUGUAGAACGAGAAAAAGAUUUUGAACACGGUAAAAGACAGGAAAGGGAGAAAAAAAAAGAAGGAGGAAGAGAAAAAGACAAAGUGAAAGAAAGAGACAAAGAAAAGACCAGAGAAAGAGACAAGGAAAGGGGAAAAGACCGAGAAAGGGAUAGACGACGGGAAAGAGGAAAGGAUGGGGAACACUCAAGAGAACAUGGAAAGGAUAAAGCAGAGAAAAAGUCCACAGAUUCUGAGGAACCUGCACUUCGAAAAACGGAGAGGCCGUCUAAAGACAGCAAGUACCAGCCAGAUAAUGAGAAUGAAAGUCCUGCAGGAAUAACAAAGCAACCUUUAACCAAAGCAUCAAGGCAGCGCACCAAACCUGGAGGAGAAGGAACAGUGGAAGCUAAUAUCUUAGCAGAUAAGAUUUCAGAGGACAAUGCUGCUAAACCACAAGAGAAAGCGGAACCAGCGGCUGCAGUAAAACAGAAAGAAGGAGAAGCAGAGAACACUGCUCCUGAAAAGCCUGCAGCACCUGAAAAUGACAAAGCGCCUAAUGAUCUUCCACCUCAGGUUAUCCAAAGGCGAAUUUCACGGCCUGGCAGUGCAAGACCAGCACCACCGCGAAUAAAACGCCAAGAAAGCACAGAGGCCUUAUUUCCAGAAAGGAAUAGUAGUGGUAAAACAGUCUCAAAUUUGAUCACAGACCAUCAAAAUUCUGAUGACGAUGAUGACCAGUUUGUGGUGGAGGCGGCACUGCCGCUGCCAGAAAUGCCAGAGAUGGAAACGGAGCCAGAAGUGCAGCUGGUUGAGGAUGAAAAACAUGGUGGACUUGUAAAAAGAAUUCUAGAAACCAAGAAAGAUUAUGAGGCAUCUCAAAAAUCACUGAAGUCUGCAGAGAAGGAGAAGCCCUUUGUGUCAGAAGCAGCUAGGAAAAAAGAGAGAGACUUAGUAGCCAAAGAAAUCGAGAGGUUGCAGGUCUCUAUUCAGACUCUGUGCCGGAGUUCCCUUCCUCUUGGCAAGAUCAUGGAUUACAUCCAGGAGGACAUGGAUGCUAUGAAGAACGAAUUGCAGAUGUGGCGACACGAGAACAGGCAGCUUGGAGAAGCCCUGCAGAAAGAGCAAUGUAUCACAGACAGUGCUGUAGAGCCCUUAAAAGCUGAACUGGCUGAACUGGAACAGUUGAUUAAAGACCAGCAAGACAAGAUAUGUGCUGUAAAAUCUAAUAUUUUAAAGAACGAAGACAAAAUCCAGAAGAUGAUUCUUAGCAUAAACCUGUCUUCAAAAAGGUGAAGAAGAGAACAAAAAAGCAUUGGAACGGACUGGCAUUUCUAUAAAAUAAAAGCAAAAUAGCAGAGGAAGAAUUAACAUACGCCUUGUUCAAAUAUAAAGUUAAGGACCAGAAUCCUAAAUAGAAUAUGAAAUCCCAUUAUUACAAUCUUUUUUAGAGGUUUGUAUUGCCCAGGAUAAAAUUAUAUUUAUUUGAAUGCACAAGUUACAGAACUAUUAAAAUAAGUUGUUUCUUUAGAUGUGAACUGUUGUUGCUUGCUUAUUAGGAUUUUGCAGCCCCCUUUUCAUCCCUGGUCUCUUCAGGGCAGUUUCUGAGCCAGCCUUCUUAUGCAUCCCUUUCCUCUCCUCAUACCUACUGAGGUCACUUUU